GAGAGGCGCUUCAGCACGACGUACUUCUGUCGGGUCACAGCAGCAGACGGCAAGCAGCUUGACUUUGGUGGCCAUCUGUCCAGAGAGGAGAACGUGUGGCUGCAACACGAGGUCUCCUCGUACCUGCUCACCCUGGCCGCGGAGUCCGUUUGAUGUUAUCGCCUUUAUUUAUGCCGGCACAAGACUUGCAACCAG